AAAUGUGAAGCCAACACAUUUGAUGGGGAGCGGUGCUUGUACGGUGCUCUGAAUGAUUCUAUUCGGAGGCUGCUGAAGGACUACAAACAAAUCACUGCCAAGUCGCUGCAGAGAGAUUAUUAUGACGAUUUUUUGCAACGAUUAUUGGAACAAGGGUAUUAUAGUGACAUUUCCUUCCUCGUUCAUGGCCAAACGUUCAGAGCUCAUCGCUGCGUAUUGAAUGCUCGCUCAACGUACUUCGCAGAAAUGUUUCAGACGAAAUGGAAGGGGAGAAAGGCGAUAGCCCUCAAGCAUCCAUUGAUAAAUCCAAUGGCUUUCAGGGCAAUUCUGCAAUAUUUCUAUACAGGCCACUUGGAUAUUGAAGUUGAAAAUGUUGAAGAUUUUAAAAUCUUAGCAAAACAAUGCAAGUUAGAAGAGCUCAUCAGUAAAUUAGAAAGCAAGCGCAAAGAAGUGGACGAGUUUGUUUCCUCAAAGCCUGGAACCUGGGUGAAAGUAUUGACAUUAGAACCUGAUGAAAACUGCAGGUUGCAGGAUGAUUUGGCUAUACUUGCUGACUGUGCCCUGCCUGCUGAGCUGCGGGUUGGUUUUGGUGAACUGCCUUUUGACAGCACUGAUAACUUUAGCAGUUAUCCUGAUUUGAGUUUCCGAGUCGAAGGUUACAUCUUCCUGUGCCACAAGGCAUUUUUUUGCAGUCGUAGUGAUUAUUUUAGAGCCCUGCUGCAGGAUCAUUUCUCCGAAAGUGAGGAACUUCAGAGUCAACCCAGUAUUCCCAUGGUGACACUCCACAACGUGACAGAGGACAUUUUCAUCCGAGUCCUUUACUAUAUCUACAGUGAUGAUACUGAGUUAUCCCCAGAAAACGUAUAUGAGGUGCUAUGUGUUGCUGACAUGUAUCUUCUGCCAGGCUUGAAGAGGUUGUGUGGAAAGACCCUUGCAACAAUGCUGACUGAGGACAGCGUAGUCAACAUUUGGAAGACCGCAAAGCUCUUCAGGCUUUCCCGACUUGAAGACCAGUGCACAGAAUAUAUGGCUAAAAUCAUAGAAAAGCUCGUGGAGUUGGAAGAGUUUGCUGAACUGGUAAAAGAGGAUGCUGCAGCUGUUGAGGCCCGACAGGAGACUGACUCCAUUCCUCUGGUCGAUGAUAUACGUUUCCAUGUCACCAGCAAUGUGCAGACGUAUAGUGCCAUCGAGGAAGCUAACCAGAAACUGAAAGCUCUGGAAGAACUUUUGGCUAGAUUGGAACUCGAGUGUUAAGAGGAUAAUCGCUUUUCCAUUGUGACUAGUUGCAUAGAUCAUGUUGGAGAGCAGUCCUGGGAAGAAUGACCUUUGCCCAGGCAGUAUGGUUACUUUCUUGUGAACUUGACUGCAUCUUAAUGCGAUAAGAAUGAAGGGCAUUUAUUCAAGAGACAGUGUCCCAUUUUGUUGGCCUGCUCUGAAUGAAGGUUUAAAGCAAUAAGGUGGAGCUCAUGCAAGUGCUGUCCAUCCCUCUGACAUAGUGCUUAUUCCUUAGCAGUUCUUAUUCUUCCUAUCUCUAUAUGUGGAUCCAUUCAGGCAAAUUCUGGUUUCAAGGCUGGUACCUUAACUGGCUACAGACUAGUCAGAUAGCACAGAAAGAAACCCCUGAAACCCUGCUAAAAUGUCGCCAUGGUGGAAUCCAAGUUCCUGGUAAUAUGAAACAAAAAUCUUAAGUAUUGUUUUAAUGGAGAAUGCUGAGUACUGUCAGCAUUUCUGUUGAUAGUUGGAAGAGAAAGAGUUGGGCUGAACAUCUUGUAGGCUGUCACCUGUCAACAUCCAAUCUGCUGAAGGUAUGCAAAAAUUUUCUGAUGUUUUUUCAAACUCUGAUUCUAGCCCGCUGCUUUUUUUUUUAAAAACUUCCAAGGAGAUGUGCUUUUCAAAGGAAGUACCAGCCUGUCUCAGGACUAUCGGCCAAUGGGCAGACUCAGAGCUGUGUCUAAUACUGGGAUACCACGUGGAUAAUCGUUUUCUGCUGUCAUAGAUCGUGUGGGAUUCACAUGUCUAGAAUCAGGGUUACUAUACAUUAAAAUGCCUAAAGAAGUGGCAAACCUUAUAAUCUGCAGGUAGACUCUUGCAAUUUAACUAAUAAAGGUGAAAGGGCUAGAUGUGGGAGGGUUUCUUGUCCCAACUUUUCUCUAAGAACCAUGCUCCGUCUUGCUCUGAAUUGAUUUUGCACUUAUACUGAUUGAUAUAAUCUCUUGAUAAAUGAAGUUUCAAUCAUGUGCUCUGCCACAGAUUCUUUGCUGUCGUCUGCAUAGGGCGAGGAAUAAUCCAUUUGAGCGUAUUCUGCCAGUUUGUAGUCAGGGCAGCUGUAUCCUUUUAUUUCUUACUGUUCCUUAUAAUACUCUUGCUUUCCAAAUAAGUACCUGCCUCCCUUUUGAAUGUAAGAAAAAGACUGCACAUGCUAGAAAUCUGAAACAAGCACAGAGAAACUCAGCUGGUCUGGCAGCAUCUGUGAAGAAAGAAACAAAAGUUAUUCUGAACAUGAAAUGUUAACUCUGUUUGUCACUCCUCACAUGCUGCCAGACCCGAGUUUCUCCAGUAUUCUCUGUGUUUGUUUCCCAUUUAAAAUGCAUCUGCACUUUUCAUUUUUUCGACUGUGGAUCCCAUGUUCUCACCACAUCUUUGUGUGAGAGCCUUUUCUGGACCAGUCCCAGUAAAAUCAUAGUUUCCAUUCUGAUGUCCCAACUAAUUUCAGGUGACUCCCUUCCUGUCCACUGCCUGGCCUACCAUGAUGAGGCUGACUCCUUCUAGGCACCCACGGCCUUCCUGCUUUGCUUCUGUUCCUUUGUGUACAAAUCUGUUUUCGUCAUCACUACCCCAAUUUCAAACCACUAACAGUGGUUGAACCUCUGACUAUACUGCAGGGACCAAGAGCAGCUGCAGUUGAUUCCCUCCCUGGUGAAACCACUAAGAGAAUAAGCUGCAGAGGAUCCAGUUCUGGUCUGUUUAGAUUCCAUUCUAAGUGGGCUUUCAAAAUGUGAAACUGUGUCUUUUUUUUAGAAACUUAUUGCAGUGCAGUUUAAUUUUAGUUUGUUUCACAAAAUGUGAAUUCAUACUUAACCAGAGGUUAAUUGCUGUAAGAUUGUUAUUUGUUAUCACAAAACAGCUAGAGAGAAUAUCACUAUUUUAUCUAAUUUAAUGUAUUUAUGCAUAUAUAAUUAUUAUAUAUGCAUUAUGUGCAUUUAAAACUAUUUUGGCCCAUCUGGUAGCAGACGCAUACGGAGCUCCUGGAAAUAUCAGAAUGACUCCUUCAGUGUAUCGAUAACAGAUUACAUAUCAAGGCAUUUGUUGCACUUUUAUUUAAUUAUUCAGCACUUCCUUCAGGUUCACUUCAGUGCAGAUUUGUUACAUAUGUGGUAUAAUUCAAGCAAUGAAAUUCAAAGAUAAGCCAGGAUAGCUUCACAUUUAAAAUGUAGUGUGAUCUGCUUUCCAUGCAAAUGAAUGUUAUAAACCCAGUUAUUUAUAAAUCUCAAUAUGUUGUUACCAGCAUGAACUGUGAAGUAUGUGUUCCUCGAUGAAAAAACUGUUUUCCUCGUUGGGUGCUAUUUGCUGAUCAUUUAAUGCAGUUUGAAAGGACCAAGUGAUACAAUGGGAUAUAGUCCUGUUGACUGUAAAAGGCUUGUGUAAAAUUGGUUUGGGACGGCAUGGGGCUGACUUGGUGGCUCAGUGGUUAGCAAUGCUGCUUCUCAGCAUCAGGGAUCUGUGUUUGAUUCAAGCCUCGAGCUACUGUCUUUGGAGUUUGCACAUUCUCCUUUUGUCUGGGUACUCUGGUUUCCUCCCACAGUCCAAAGAUGUGCAGGUUAGGUGGAUUGGCUGUGCUAAAUUGCCCAUAGUAUCCAGAGAUGUGCAGGCUAGGGGGAUUAGCCAUGGGGAAUGCAAGUUCACAGGGAUGGGGUGGGAUCUGGGUGGGGUGCCCUUAGGAAAGUCAGUGUGGGCUUGAUGGGUUGAAUGGCAUGCUUCCGCACUAGGGGGAUUCUAUGACCACAUUGUGUAUUCUAAUUCAAGCAGUGGGCACUUUGGCGCUAAAUUGGCUAUGUCCGAUCACUCUCAUGUUUCAACUCCUGUGUUGGUUGAAAUUUUCUUUGCAAACUCCAUGGUUUUAGAUGGACUGAUUGGUGAUCGGGGUGAGAGGGUAAAGAUUCUAUGAUUUUUAGGCAUAUAUUCAGUAUACUGGAAUCAAUACACUAAGGAAGUCACACUUCUACAAAUAUGCUCCUGUGCUGUGGCAAAAUAUGACACUUGUGUGAUGUUUUUAAUUCAUCACCUUAAAUUGAGCCCACCUGCGACCAACAGUAUGUUUAUGCCAGUGUUCUGCAGCUCCAGAAACUCAUCAGACGCAACCCAGAGCCAGAAUCUAUAAUGGUCCUCCUGGGUGGUUUAACACACAGUCUGAAGUUACAAUCACCUUGUGUGGGUUGGGGGUUGGGGGUUGGGGUGGGGUGGGGAAUUAUCUUUCAUGUUUAACCUGUUCCUCCAUCUUCCAUCUUACUGUUAUGGUUUGUUUUGAAGUCCGUAGCUUUCCUGAGAAGGUGAUGGUGAGCCGUCCUUGUGAAUCAGUGCUAGGUUUUGGCUCAACUAUGAGACUUGCUAGACCAGCUCCAGAAAGCAACCCAGAAUCCAGCACGUUGCGAAAAUGCAGUCACAUAUAUCGGCCAUUCGUGGGCACAUGAUGGAAUACUGUCCACUUGCCUGGAUGAGUGCAGCUCCAACAACAAUCAACAUUGAAAAACCAGUCUGAUUGGUACCCCAUCUUACACGUUCAACAUUUGCUCCCUUCACUGCUGAUAUUCACUGGCAGCAGUGUCUAUCUGAGAGUUGCAGUUCCACAACCUACUCAGGCUCCUGGCUCAGCACCAUAUAAACCUGUGAUCUCUAUCCCUAAAAGAACCAGGACAGCACACAGGUGGGAACACCAUCAGCUGUAAGUUUCUCUCCAAGUCAGACACCAUGCUGACUUGGGAACUGUAUCUGCAUUCCUUCACCGUUGCUGGGACAAAAUCCUGGAAACCUCUUCCGAACAGCGCUCUGGGUGUCUUUACACCACAUAGACUGCAAUGGUUCAAGAAGACAGCUCACCAUCAACACCUUGAGUAAUUAGGGAUGAGCGACAAAUGCUGGAGAAGCAAGCGAUGCCCAUAUUCUGUGAAUAAAUAAAAAACUUUAUUUAUGUUCCUGUGUGCUGUUGCCUGCAUGCAGUUUGUUUCUGGAUCAAGAAACUGCUUUAUUGAUCAGAAAGUCUUUGAUACUGCUUUAAUGGAAUGUGAAGCAUAAUGUAUUUCCUUGCAGGUUUUAGCAGGUAAUUGUCGCUCCGUAGACUGGAGUCACCAAAAUGCUGGUUCGCCUCGAACAGUAUUGGCACAAAUUCAGACAGGAGCAGUCAGUAUGAGAGCAAAGGCUCAGGCUGGGGUAGGCGAGAUCAAAAAUCAUAUGCACCAUAGGAAGUAUGCUAAUUGGCCUUUCCUGUUCCCGUCACAUUUCUUCCGUGAUUCAACAAUCCUAUGCUGAUCAUCUACCUCAGUGUAAUUUUCCUGCACUGUCCUGUUAUCCGUUGAUAUCUUUAAACAAAAAAACUGGUUGUUGGAAAUCAGAAACAAAAACAGAAUAUUGCUGGAAAGGUUCAACAGGUCUGGCAGCAUCUGUUGAGAGAAAGCAGAGGUAGCGUUUCUGGUUCAGUGACUUUUCAGAACGGAGUUCUUCAGUUCUGAAGGGUCACUGAACUCAAAGCAUUAACUGUUUCUGUUUUUCCCGCAAUUUCUGAUUUUGCAUGUGGCCUUGAUAUCUUUAAUGUUUAGAACAUAUUGGAUCGAACCUCCGCAGCCCUGUAGUGUUGAGAAUUCCAAAAAUUCACCAGUUAAGAAAUUCCUCUUUAUCUUAAAUAGCUAAUGAGUGCACCAUCAAUUUUUAAUAAAUUUCAUACAUUGUCAGAA